AUGUCGUUCAACGACUUGGAGCAGGGUCGCCUUGUUCCGGACGAGCCUAGACACCAAUUAAGUGAGGAUUCAGGACAUGAAGCAAGCCGUGUUGAGAGUCAGGCAUUCAUGCAUCUCACGGAACAAGUAGGAUUGCAUGUGUUUCGUAUUAACGCAAAUGUGGCAACACUCGAAAAACUUGACGCUGACCUGCGAAAAGCCACGGACGGGGAUCAAAGCAAAACGGACAAAAUUAUGAAGCACUUUGCAGACCUGUGCGAACAGACACGAAGUAUAGUGAAAGAAGCAACCGAAGAUGUCAAGAGUCUUUCCCGAUUUCCGGUUGGCGGCACGGGGGGGGCAGUGCGCCGCACGUCACCGUCUCGGCUGAUGCAGGUCAAGUUACAGCAUGACUUUCAGGAUGCCCUAGCUGCAUUCCAAAAAAUCCAAAAAUCUGGCAUCCGCAAAGAAAAAGUGGCUUUGGCACACGCGAAGCAACGAGGAAAUGAAGCCAAUAGCUUGGAAACACAAUCUGAGAAUCAGCCACAGCUACAAGAGCAGCAGCAAACUCAAGUACAUGUUUCUCGGCUAACCAAUGAGGAAAUCGAGUUUCAGGAAUCUAUUAUUGCUGAGCGUGAGGCUGAGAUUCGCGAAAUUGAACAAGGUGUGCAAGAGCUAAAUGAGAUCUUCAGAGAUCUCAGCCAUAUCGUUCAAGAACAGGGUGGAAUGAUUGAUAACAUCGAGUAUAAUAUUGGCAAUAUUUCUACUAGUGCUCAGGGUGCUGAUCGCGAGCUGUUGCGCGCAAAUACGUACCAGCGUCGUGCAAAGCACCGUGGGUUGUGUCUCACAAUGAUUGUCGCUAUGGUGGUAGCUUUAGUGCUUGUGGCGGUACGUAUUGUGCAUCUAACGAUCAGCUGUUGGGAUAGUAUUUGUGAAAAAUAA